UGCUGUCCAUGAUUUUGAAGGUGACCAGACUUAUAGUGAGAAGCCAGGCCAUGAUUUCACUCUAACUGCUAACUUUGAAGGUUUAGACACCUCAAGUUAUGAUGCUCUUGUUAUACCUGGAGGUCGAGCUCCGGAAUAUUUGGCAUUGGAUAAGUCAGUCAUUGCCAUAGUGAAGGAAUUUAUGGAGACCAAGAAGCCAGUUGCAUCCAUCUGCCACGGUCAGCAGAUUUUAUCUGCUGCUGACGUUCUCAAGGGAAGAAAAUGUACUGCAUACCCAGCAGUGAAGCUUAACGUUGUCUUAGCGGGCGCUACAUGGUUGGAACCUAAUCCGAUCGAUCGCUGCUUCACUGAUGGAAAUUUAGUAACCGGAGCAGCAUGGCCGGGGCAUCCCGAGUUCAUUUCCCAGUUGAUGGUCUUGCUUGGUGUUCAAGUAGCAUUCUAGUUGUUUACCAAGCUAUCUGGCUUACUUAUGUGCAUAAACUUUCCAACAUAAACCAAGAAUAUAUGUACAUGUCCAGGUUGUUACCAUGCUGUUGGCUUGCCUGAUGACCAAAAAUAAAGAUGGUUGUAUGCUAACGUGUCUUCUGAUGUGUAUUUCGAGAGAACAAUAAACGGUGUAGUCUUCUUCUGGUUUAUGCAAUGCACCUUUUUAUGUUA